AUGUCGAUCCCGAAAUUCUUUCCAACCUUCGAGGAAAUCGAAAACAACAGUCCGCGGUACUCAGCAUGGGGAAUUUGGGAGAAUCCUCAGUUGGGGGCUCUCAACUACCUUUCGGACAGUGUGGUUCUAAAAACCGCAACGCAGGAGAUUCAGACUGGCAUCCGAGUCGGAUUGAACUUACCUCUUGAUUUUGUCGACCCCCCUCUGCUUGGUCGCCGAGGUUUUGAGCGCCAUAUCAUUAACAAAGCACCCCGGGUUAUAAAUGAUGACGUUAUCACAUUCAACACGCAAGGGAGUAGCCAGUGGGAUAGCUUUCGCCACUUUGCUUACCAAGAUGAGGCCAAGUUCUACAACAAUGUAACUCAAAGCGACAUACACGAUGAUCCCAACAGUGGGGUGAACGGCAUGGAAGCGUGGUCUGCCUCAGGAAUUGCCGGGAGAGGCGUCUUGAUCGAUUACUACUCUUGGGCUGGGCAGAAGGGUAUUCACUAUGAUCCGUUGAAGACUCAUGCUAUCAGGUUGAGUGAAAUCAAAGAAAUCAUAAAAGAAUCCAACAUCGAGCUCCACAAGGGCGAUAUUUUUAUGCUUCGGACCGGAUUUGUUGAUGCAUAUUCCACGCUGGACAAGAGUACCAGAGAGAGGUACAGUUCAAGUCACGCUUUUCCCGGGUUGGAGCAAUCUCGUGAAGUAGUGAAGUGGUUGUGGGAGCAACAGUUUGCCGCCGUUGCGGCAGAUAGUCCUGCAUUCGAAUGUGUUCGUACGUUGAAAUUGAACCAAUUCUACGUCCUGAAGAACAACCGAAGGCAGACGCUAACCAAAGCGGUGUACUGA